CUCGGCUUCGGCUUCGGCGGGACCAUAAUCUAGCAGCUAGCAACUAUAGUCCCUUUGAUCGUGGUUGCAUAUCAUCUCUCGUUCUCUCUCCAUUGACCCAUAUAUCCCAUAUCCCCAUGCCAAUCUACAUCUAGAAGCAUCAGGUUCAAUCGGACGACUGAGGCAAGCGUCUUUGACUUCGAGAAUCAUGCCAGCCACACUUUCUUGGACCAAAAGGACGGUCUCGCUGCUGGUUCUCGGCUUGAUCGUCAUGGCUUCUGCUACUCAGACCGAAGUCGCAAACUAUCUGGGAGCGACGAAGGGCUAUAGCAAACCGUACUUUACGUUCUUCCUGACACAUUCGUUCUUCAUCAUCCUCUUUCCGCUUCACCUCCUUGUGCUCCGGGUAUUCCGACCAAAGGACUCUCCUCGAUCUCUGCUGGAGCGACUUCGACAGGUAGUUACCGUACAGCUCAAAGUCGACGCAGAAGAUGCGAGAGCGGUACACCAAAAAGUGCUAGCGGUCGUCUUGAAAUUGACGGCACUCAUAUCUUUACCCUCGAUAUGUUGGUAUAUCGCCGUUCCGUUGACAGGCACUACCGAUUUGACGACGAUAUAUGCUACCGCCACCUUCUGGACAUAUGGAUUCUCACUACUCCUCCUCAAAACUCCGCUCUCCCGGCUUGUGGUAGCCUCGAUCUUUAUCGCCUUUUCCGGUGUCCUCCUCAUCACCUACUCUGGCGUCGCAGAAGCAAAACACAAGCACCGGCAUGACAGUGGACAACACAAGGGAGAAAUGGACACGGAACCGCCUCAUAGGAUGUUGGGAGAUCUGAUCAUGCUCGUCGGGGCCAUCGUUCUCGGUUUCUAUGAAGUGAUCUACAAAAAGGCUCUUCCGGAAGGCCAGGGCGGUAUGAUCUCGGGACCGGUUGAAGGUGAAGACAACCCCGAUGGCGGUCUGUAUCAAUCAGUCUCGAACGAUGAUGGAGGGGAACCUCAACGACCUGUCCUACCGACCCAUCGGCGAUCCUUCUCCAACCCUUCCCCUCGGUCCAGCUCCGAUGCCUAUCCACCGGACGCCCCCUUGGAUUCUGGGACCAGGCUGAAUGGCACUUUCAAAUUCGCCCCGCCGCCGGUCGCUAGGCCGAAACUUCCUCUUGCGUUGCACGCCAACAUGCUCACGUCGAUGAUCGGUGUCAUGACGCUCUGUCUCUUCUGGAUUCCGAUACCUCUCCUGCACUGGGUGGGGUGGGAGCCUUUCGAGUUGCCUUGGGGGAGCUGGGGUUUAAUGGCAAUCGUCUGUGCAACUGGUGCGAUCUACAAUGCUGGAUUUAUGAUCCUGAUCGGGCUUCUGGGUCCAACAACCGCCUCGGUCGCCAACCUGCUCACGAUCGGAUUGGUAGCGGUCACUGAUGCUUUCUAUCUCGGUCAUACGACACCGUUCUGGACUUUGGUGGGAGCGGGGCUAGUUGGGGCCGGGUUCGGAACGCUGUUAUGGGCGGGAGAGGAGGACGGACAUUGAAGCGGAUCAGAAGGCGUUUGUAGAUGCUCGAUAGAUAGAUGAUCAUCAUUAUACCCGGUCGGUCCUGGCGACCUACCUACACGCAGGCCGACUGCGAUUCCAAAGAAC